GCAUUAAAUGGUUGAGUGGAUAGGACAAGAGAAAAACAGUAGCUAGUCUCUAUUUCCUCCUUUAUUUUUGUUCUUUGUCUCAUUAAUUUCUUUUACUCAAAAAAACAAAGCAAAAUGCAGUCCAUGUUAAACCUGCGUGCAACCCAUGGUGUUCCUCUCUGUCUCUCCGGAAUCACCAACCCUCUUGCUCUUUCCAAAGAGAUGGCAGAUCAUGACCGUAGAAGAAAGGCCAUGAGAAAGCAAAGAUCAAUACAUGCAAAUCAACAAAAGACUACACAAAGAAACAUUAAUAAUGAUUUUGUGGAGAUCAAAGAUGGUGAUCAAGAUCUGGAUCAAAUCUUGCAUCAAUUGUUCCAUUCUCAUGAUGACCUCACAGGUUGUUUAACUGCAAAAGCUGCUUAAUUAAUUUUCUGGAGAUUUUUAUUUUUAUUUUUAUUUUUAUUAUUGUUAUUACUAUGUUGUAACAUGUAAAAACAUAUCUUAAAUUUAUUUAAUCAUGUAAAAUGGACCCCUUUGUGCAACAUUAUUUUAUAAUUAUUAAUUCAUGUUUUUAUGAAAA